AGGCAAAGCCAAGCAUAGAGAUACACCAAACAAAAACCUUAAGCUAUUCUUUUUUCCCUCCUUCAAAACCAAGUCAAUUAAUAACACAAAACUUGAACCAAACAACAUCUCCUCCUUCUUAGUCCAAUGUCUCUUUCUCUUUAACAACCCUUUAGUUCACCUCAAAAAUAAAAUAUAAUAUAUUUUUAAACAUCUCAAACACCAUUUUGACAUGCCUGACCCAAAUGCUAAGCAAGGUUAGGUGAGAGAUAGCAACCUUCCAUGACAUAUAUCAAAACCUUCCUUUUACAGCAUUACUUGACAUAGUUUCUUGCACUUUCUACUCCUCUCUUGUUGUAUGACAUGAAAUAAGGAAGAGGAAGAACUCAAGAACCUGUUUUUCAUUUGUUGUUGUUUUGUCCUGUCUCAUUUCUUUUGUGUUUUUGGAUUUCAACCAAAAAAUAUGCAGCUGCAUAUAUCUCCAAGUUUGAGGCAUGUUACAGUGCUACCAGGAAAAGGACUUAAAGAGUUUAUCAAAGUGAAAGUUGCGUCGAGGCGUCUUUCUUAUAGGAUGCUUUUCUAUUCCCUCUUGUUCUUCACUUUUCUUCUGAGGUUUGUGUUUGUUUUAACAGCUGUGGAUGGCAUUGAUGGCGAAAACAAGUGCUCAACCAUAGGUUGUCUAGGAAAAAAAUUAGGGCCAAGGAUUUUGGGUAGACGACCCGAAUCAACUGUCCCAGAAGUGAUAUACCAAACUUUAGAUGAACCUCUGGGCAAUGAUGAACUAAAGGGAAGGGUUGAUAUACCACAGACUUUAGAAGAGUUCAUGAUUAAUAUGAAGGAAGGUCGAUAUGAUGUCAAGACAUUUGCAGUUAAACUUAGAGAAAUGGUAACCCUUAUGGAACAAAGGACUAGGUUGGCCAAAAUCCAAGAAUAUCUAUAUCGCCAUGUAGCAUCGAGCAGCAUACCGAAACAACUUCAUUGCCUUGACUUGAGGUUGGCGCAUGAGCACACAAACAACGCGGCCGCGCGCCUACAGCUACCCUCUGCAGAACUAGUUCCUGCCCUUGUCGACAACUCGUACUUCCACUUUGUCUUAGCCUCAGAUAACGUGCUCGCCGCCUCGGUGGUUGCAACGUCACUUGUUCGCAAUUGUUUACGACCUAAGAAGGUUGUUAUACACAUAAUUACGGACAGAAAGACUUAUUAUCCAAUGCAGGCUUGGUUCUCAUUGCAUCCUUUAUUACCUGCUGUGAUUGAGGUUAAGGCAUUGCACCAUUUCGAUUGGUUUACAAAGGGAAAGGUUCCUGUUUUAGAAGCAAUGGAGAAAGAUCAAAAGGUGCGGUCACAGUUUCGAGGAGGUUCAUCAGCUAUAGUUGCAAAUACCUCUGAGAAACCAAAUGUUAUCGCAUCAAAAUUGCAAGCACUCAGUCCUAAGUACAAUUCAGUCAUGAACCACAUCCGGAUACAUCUACCCGAGUUGUAUCCAAGUCUUAACAAGGUGGUCUUCCUCGACGACGACAUUGUCGUACAAGCCGAUCUUACACCUCUGUGGGACAUUGACAUGAAUGGAAAAGUUAAUGGAGCAGUGGAAACAUGUCAUGGAGAAGACAAGUUUGUGAUGUCAAAGAGGUUGAAAAGCUAUUUGAACUUUUCUCACCCUCUAAUAUCCAAAAAUUUCAGUCCCGACGAAUGUGCUUGGGCAUAUGGCAUGAACAUUUUUGAUUUGGAGGCUUGGAGGAAGACCAAUAUAAGCAAUACAUAUCAUUAUUGGGUUGAGCAAAAUAUUAAAUCAGACCUGAGUUUGUGGCAGCUAGGGACAUUACCUCCUGGAUUGAUAGCAUUUCAUGGUCAUGUCCACAUUAUAGAUCCUUUCUGGCACAUGCUGGGAUUAGGAUAUCAGGAAAACACAAAUGUUGCUGAUGUUGAGAAUGCUGGUGUCAUCCAUUUCAAUGGCAGGGCAAAGCCAUGGCUAGACAUAGCUUUUCCACAACUAAAGUCAUUGUGGACAAAAUACGUCGACUUCUCAGAUAAGUUCAUUAAAAGCUGUCACAUUAGAGCAUGAUAGGGAAAAGCAUGAAUUCUCAAUGAUGAGUUGAAGAAAUGGUGUUUGUAAUCCAAGGGAAAGAGAAAAUGAGAUAGUUCCUCUUCCACUCAUUAGACCUUCCAUGACAACAGAGACAACAAAGAUAUGGCAUGAUGUUCCUUUUCUUGCUUAAAAAUUUUACUUUUAACAUACUUUUUUCUGCUGAAAUCCUCAUAUUUUUUUCUCUUUAAUCCAUAUUGUAAGUAUAUAUUGAGUAUUUGUAGAUCAUAUAUGUAUGUAUGUAUUAAUACAACACAGCUUUUUUGA